GCCACCCACCGAGUGACAGGCGAGGAGAUGGUGAUGAAGAUAAACAAGGACACAGCCAACCGCUCAAGUGCUCUGCGGGAAGUGCAGUUAAUGAACAAGCUGUCGCACCCAAAUAUUCUCAGAUUUCUGGGUGUAUGUGUUCACGAAGGACAGCUUCAUGCUUUGACAGAGUACAUCAGUGGUGGCACUUUGGAAGAUCUUCUGGCUAACAAGCAGGAGGAGCUGCCCUGGUUUCUUCGGAUCAGACUUUCACUGGAUAUUGCUAAAGGGAUGCAGUACCUCCACCUAGAGGGUGUCUUUCACAGGGAUCUCACAACGAAGAAUAUUUUGAUAAAGAAAGGAGACAACAGGAACUACCAGGCUGUGAUAGCUGAUUUUGGUCUUGCAACAAAAAUACCAGAUCCCAAAGCCACAGAACCUCUUCCUCCGGUUGGCUGCCCAUGGUGGAUGGCCCCCGAGGUUAUCAAUGCCAGGUUCUAUGAUGAAAGGGCGGAUAUUUUUUCCUACGGGAUCAUCUUGCUGGAAAUCACGGCCCGCAUCGAAGCUGAUCCAGAAACCAUGCCAAGAACCAAGAAUUUUGGGGUUGACUAUGUGAAAUUUUGUGAGAUGGUGGAUUACUGCCCUCUGGAUUUUGUGCAGCUUGCAUUUAAGUGUUGCCAGAUUCAGCCGGAUCAGCGUCCAAGCUCUAGAGUCAUCAUCAGCACAAUUCAGAAGAUAUAUAGGAAUCUACACACCAAUGCCUUAUCAAGUUCAGGAAGACUCCAUAAAAGAUCCAAAUCUGAAGACAACAUUGUCCAGAACAGCGAUGGUUUCACAGCAGUGUCUGGAGAGGAGAUCUUCAUGACACCUCAGAUCAUGGCCCAAGCUAUGACCAAAGAUGACCCACACUACUGUCCAGCAAACGCUAACCCCUUUGCAAAUAUCAGCCGGUUGAAGGAUGGAAGGAAACUGCAUGAGUUUCCCAGACAGUGGAAGCCCAAUGGCAGCACCAGUUGUCUGGCUUGUUCUGGGAAAUCUAUUGAUCUUCUGACAUCAUCUCAAAAUUCUAUUAUUUGGAAUGAAAAGCAGGAGAGUCAGUCAUUGCCGUCAUCUCCCAUAAUGCUGCGAAAGGCUGCAGAGAAGAUGCAUCAGGCUUCACUCCAUGGAAGUGAUGCCGUUCAGACAGAAAGCCGACACGAAUUACGAUUCAGCGCCAGCAGCGAUAGCCAGGAGAUACUGGACGGAGCAACGGCUUCAGAUAAAAGAGCUCUGUUUAGCGGGAACCGUACCAGAAGUCUCGGUAGUCUGGACUUUUGGAAUUCUAUGAACGGUUCAAGAACAAGCAGAAGCAAGAGAGGAAAGAACACUCAGUUGUCUAACCAUUCAGAGGACGUAGGAUACUGCAACCGGUUAUCUGUAGGAAUCAGAGAGUCAAGUGUUGAAGAUAAUCUUGAACGUGGGAAUGCUAGCGAUUCUGAGUUGCUGGACAACGAAGAAAGUUGUCAUUCUGAAUAUGAUUCAAAUGUCAACUAUAGCAUUGCCAGUAACACUUACCAUAGCUUCAACAACGACGGGACAAGCAGUGCAGUGCCCUGGGAAAGUUGUGACGAGAGUUUGAGUACAUGCAGUAUGUCUAGUUUUCUCAGCUGUGGGGAUAUCACUGAAGCAGAAGUAUCCCUGGAGGCCACAUCUGAUUCUACCGUGGCUUCCCAGGAUGUACUUGAGAGGAAACACCCAUUAAGUGAGGUAAAGGGUCGUGAUUCUAGCAAACCGCAAAUUACGGUGGAAAGUGGGAGCUAUGACUGCAACCAUUUCAGUCUAGAGAGAAAGAAACAGAGCAAAAGUAAGAGUAGCAAUGAGAAUGGGUUAUAG